AUGACCUCGUCGACUACACGGAAUUUGAGGCGCUACGAUUCCCUCCAGAACCCUCUGCCCUACGGAACUUACUACUCGGAAGAGAAGCUCUGGGAAAGGAUACUCCAGCCCAGCAUUCUAAUCCCCGCACUCGUGCUCCUAGUCACCGCCGCGUACCAAUUCGCCCACAACCAAGCAGCUUCCCGCGGUCGCCAGCUGCCCCCCAUAGGAGAUAUCAUCUGGGACGGCAUCGUCUUCGCCUGCCCGGCCUCCCUGCUCUACGCUGUCGAUCGAUGGGUCAACCCUCCCUUGUUCCCGAUUCCCAUGCUCCAACCACAGCCCGCAACUCACGCCGCGAAGAGCGAUGUCCUCCGUAAGAUAUUGCGAGCCGACCAACCUGGUGGCAUAGUUGCUUCCGUCUCCGAGGCCGGUCGGCGGACACUGUCAAAUACAUUCUCGGGGCCCAGGGGCAAGUCUAAUCAGCCUGCUGGCCUGGGCAACUGGGACAACUCUUGCUUCCAGAACAGCAUCCUGCAGGGCCUGACAUCUCUGAGACACCUUCCGCGGUACCUCAGCGGCUUCAAUACUCCCGGGCAAGCACCAGCCGAAGACCAAAAAACCACCGCCGGAACUUUGCGAUCUUUCAUCGCCGAGUUAAAGGACACGUCCAACAAUGGCAAGACGCUCUAUACCCCAAGCGUUCUUAAGAACAUGAGCACGAUACAGCAGCAAGACGCGCAGGAGUACUUCUCGAAGCUGAUGGACCAGAUUGAUAAGGACAUAGAAAGGGCGGCGAAGGCCUCGUGCCGACAAGCCGGUUUCGAGACGGACCUCAACAGGGACGACACCGCGACCAGUCAACACAGCGACGACAGUGGAUACCAAAGUUUACCGAUACUGUCCAAGGCCGGCUCCGACUUGGUGACAGUUCGCAACCCGCUUGAAGGCCUUUCAGCCCAGCGCGUGGCAUGUAUGUCGUGUGGGCACUCUGAGGGGCUGUCAAUGAUUCCCUUCAACUGCCUCACCCUGAACUUCGAGAUUGGCGUCUCACAUUACGAUCUGUUCGAACUAUUGGACAACCUCGUGCGGCUUGAACCCAUACAAGGUGUCGAAUGCGUCAAAUGCACUCUUCUUGAGUACCGAAAAGGCCUGGAGCGCCUCACCAAAACCGUUGCUCCCGCCGCAGCCAGGCUACAGUCUAUUGAUGAGGUCCUGGAAGAUGAAGAAUUCGACGACAAGAUCUUGAAGCAGUUGAAGAUCCCGGAUUCGAAAAAGGUUAGCUCGACCAAGACAAAACAAGUUGUCAUAGGAAGGCCCCCGCCGAGCCUGGUGAUGCACAUGAACCGCUCAGUCUUUGACCCAAGCACCUUUCGCUCAUACAAGAACCUUGCUGCGGUCGAAUUCCCCAUGACCUUGGAUUUAGGCCCCUGGUGUAUCGGCAGUGCUGAGGGGAAGCCAGCUUCAGUGGCAGCAACGCCACAGGGCGCCGUAUCUCACGAGAACGCCACAGACAAGGAGCAGUGGGUGCUCGAUGCCAGGAAAUCAAUGGUGGCGGGUGAUGCACACCCGUCCAAGAUCUCGGGGCCUAUUUAUGAGCUGAGAGCUGUAGUGACCCAUUAUGGGAGGCACGAGAACGGCCACUACGUGUGCUAUAGGAGGGGCAAUACGGACAUGGAUACGGACGGUGUCGAAAAGGUCGAAGAGGAUCUGGAUCAACCGCCAAAUUUGGCAGGGGACGACGUUCCCGGCGAAAACGAUAGUCUCAGCGAAAGCAGGCCGGACGAAGCGAGCCCUCUACUAGGGACGGAGGAACCUUAUAGCGAGGAGCCCGGCUCCCAAUGGUGGCGUCUCAGUGACGAGACUGUCAUCAAAGUCAGCGAGCAGGACGUCUUGUCGCAAGGAGGCGUGUUCAUGCUGUUCUAUGACUGCGUCGAUCCCAACUCUGUCCUGGUCCCACCCCGCGACCCCGCGGAGAAAGAAGAGUCCUUUGAGAACCCCCAGUCGUGGUCCGAGGGCUCUGUUGCCACUCUCCGCAAUCCCUCUGCAGAACCAGCGAAAGUCGCCGGGGUGGCCUCAGAAGCCAGCCCGGCAAAUUUGUUCGGGAUUCUCUCGCAGGGGUAG